AUGGCGACGAUGAGCAAACCUCAGAGGACAAAACCCACUUCUAGAUCUCAGCGUCUUGUUCUGUUAUGCAUUGUUAUCUUCGCAUGUCUCCUCCUCCUCUCCUCAGUGAUCUCUACCGGAAAACUGGGUUUACCGUAUCAACAAACUCUAAUAGAUUAUUUCGUGAGAUCUCCUCGGGGAAAGAGAGAGCACACGCUUUCAGAGAAGUACCUGUAUUGGGGAAACAGAAUCGAUUGUCCUGGCAAAAAUUGUGAAACUUGUGCAGGCUUGGGUCAUCAAGAAUCUAGCCUAAGGUGUGCACUUGAAGAAGCCUUGUUUCUCAACAGGACCUUUGUAAUGCCUUCUGGAAUGUGCAUUAAUCCAAUACAUAAUAAGAAAGGUAUACUGAAUCGAUCUGAUAACAAAACUACAGAGGAAGGUUGGGUAGGGAGCUCUUGUGCAAUGGACUCCUUGUAUGAUAUUGAUCUCAUAUCUGAGAAGAUACCUGUGAUAUUGGACGACUCUAAAACAUGGCAUUUUGUUCUAUCCACAAGUAUGAAGUUGGAAGAAAGAGGGAUUGCGCAUGUUUAUGGAGUCAGUCGCCAUAGGCUAACACAGAGUCACUACUCGAAUCUUUUGAUCAUUAACCGAACCGCAAGUCCUCUUGCAUGGUUCGUUGAGUGCAAAGAUAGAGGCAAUCGUAGCGCCGUCAUGCUUCCUUAUUCAUUUCUCCCUAACAUGGCAGCUGUAAACUUGAGAGACGCCGCAGAAAAGAUAAAAGCAGAACUUGGUGAUUAUGAUGCCAUCCAUGUUCGCCGUGGAGACAAACUGAAAACAAGGAAAGACAGGUUUGGAGUUGAAAGGAUUCAGUUUCCUCAUCUAGACAGAGCUACACGACCGGAGUUUAUCCUCCACAGGAUAGAGAAGCUGAUUCCACCAGGGAGGACUCUUUAUAUCGGUUCUAAUGAGAGAACUCCUGGAUUCUUCUCUCCUCUCGCCGUCAGGUACAAACUGGCUUACUCGUCAAAUUUUAGCGAGAUUCUUGAUCCUAUAAUCAAGAAUAAUUACCAGUUGUUCAUGGUGGAGAGACUGGUAAUGAUGGGAGCCAGAACAUACUUCAAAACGUUUAGAGAGUAUGAAACGGAUCUCACCUUGACUGAUGAUCCCAAAAAGAACAAGAACUGGGAGAUACCAGUGUACACCAUGGAUGAAAGGAAAGAAGCAGCAAGCUAAAGUGUGUUCUGCGCAAACACUCACUGCUGUUUC